AUCUUUACAGGCAAGUAAUAUUUUGAGAAGAGACAGAGAAGAAUAACAAUAUGUCAAAUAAAACUGCUUUCAUUGGUUCACUGGAUCAGGGAACUACAAGCACAAGAUUCAUCAUCUAUGAUUCCACUACUAAGCCCAUUGCUUCCCACCAGGUUGAAUUCAAUCAGUUCUGUCCUAGAGCAGGAUGGGUGGAGCAUGAUCCGAUGGAGAUAUUGGAAAGUGCAAGAAUAUGCAUGGCGAAAGCUAUAGACAAGGCCACAGCUGAUGGACAUAAUGUUGAUAGUGAGUUGAAGGCCAUUGGUCUCACUAAUCAAAGAGAGACUGCAGUCAUAUGGAGCAAGUCUUCUGGUUGCCCUCUUCACAAUGCCAUUGUUUGGAUGGAUAUUCGUACUAGUGCCAUUUGCAGGAGACUUGAGGGUGAACUGAAAGGAGGAAGAAACCAUUUUCUAGAGACAUGUGGCUUGCCGAUUAGCACUUACUUUAGUGCCAUGAAGAUUUUGUGGUUAAUGGAAAAUGUGGAGGAAGUAGGCAAAGCUGUGAAAUCUGGUGAUGCUAUGUUUGGAACAAUUGACACCUGGUUGAUUUGGAAUCUAACCGGAGGGAUCAAAGGCGGAUUGCAUGUCACUGAUGUCUCAAAUGCAUCCCGGACAAUGCUCAUGAACCUCAAAACACUCAGCUGGGAUGAACAAAUUUUGGAAGAGUUAAAAAUUCCUGCUGGAAUUUUGCCUAAAAUAAUUUCCAACUCUGAGAUUGUGGGAAACAUAGCAAUCGGAUGGCCUACUACAGGUAUUCCUAUUGCAGGAUGUCUAGGCGAUCAACACGCUGCAAUGCUGGGGCAAGCUUGUAAGAAGUGGGAAGCCAAGUGCACUUAUGGUACUGGAGCAUUCAUCUUACUUAACACCGGUGAUGAGACUGUUAAGUCAAGUCAUGGAUUAUUAAGCACAGUAGCUUUUAAACUCGGCCCUCAAGCUCCCACAUCCUAUGCACUAGAGGGCUCCAUUGCUAUUGCUGGUGCUGCGGUCCAGUGGCUUAGAGAUAAUCUUGGUAUAAUUAGUAGUGCAAGGGACGUCGAGAAACUUGCAGCAGAAGUUGACACCACUGGUGGAGUCUAUUUUGUUCCAGCAUUUAAUGGACUAUUUGCUCCUUGGUGGCGUGAAGAUGCUCGUGGUGUUUGUAUUGGAAUUACCAGGUACACAACCAAGUCUCACAUCUGUCGGGCUGUGCUUGAAAGUAUAUGUUUCCAGGCAAGAGAUGUAUUAGAAUCAAUGAAUAAGGAUGUUGGUAAAGAGGACAGUGCCUCAAAAUUCGUGUUAAGGGUUGAUGGUGGUGCUACUAUCAACAACCUUCUGAUGCAAAUCCAGGCAGAUGUGCUGGGGACUCCGGUAGUAAGACCAGCCGACAUUGAGACCACAGCACUUGGAGCUGCAUGUGCUGCUGGAUUAGCUGUUGGAGUUUGGACAGAGGAUGAUAUCUUCUCUAAUAGUGAAAGGAUGAAGAUAGCCACUACGUUCCAACCAAAGUUACCAGAUGAACAGAGGAAGAAGAGAGUGGAUUCGUGGAUUAAAGCUGUUUCAACGACCUUUAACUUGGCUGAUCUAGCAUUGUAAUCGACUUUAUAGCUUACAACAUUUUGGAGCAAGCUAAUUGUAGCUCAUAGUGAUCAGUCUGAAGGUUUUGUUAUAACUGCAUUCAUAUUCGAAACGGAGUCUUUUCAUUUACUAAA